AAACGAGUUUUUCUCAAAAGAAACAAGGGGACAAGCCAGCUGGCCACUUUGUGCAUACGAACGGGCUUGUCAGCGUGUAGCUAGCUAUGAUUCAAGCUAUCCACCUCGGAAAGUAACGGUAGCUAGGCUAGUAAAUAGCUAGCAAGCUAAUGCUAAGGUUGAUUCUGACUUUUUGCUAGCUAAUCGUCUUCACUAGCUUGCAGCUAAAGUUCUUUACCUCGCAAUAACAUUAGCUGACCAGUUGAUUUCAAGAUGAGCGAGCAACUUAAAUUUAUUGUUGAGCACCUGAAUAAAGACCCCUUCAAGAAAAACUUUAACCUGAUCACCUUUGACUCACUGGAGCCAAUGCAACUUCUGCAAAUUCUCAACGAUGUUCUGGCCGAAAUAGACCCUAAGCAAACUAUUGAUAUCCGUGAAGAAAUGCCUGACCAGACAGCAAAGAGAAUGUUCACUCUGCUGGGGAUGUUGAAAUACAAACCACCUGGGAAUACGUCUGAGCCGAGCAGUUUCAGACAGGGCCUGGUGACUGGCAGUAAGCCUGUGAUACACCCUAUCCUUCACUGGCUGCUGCAGAGGAUCACAGAGCUGAAGAAGAGAGCUUACUUGGCUCGCUUCCUGGUUAAGCUGGAGGUGCCUGCUGAGUUCCUGCAGGAUGAUGUCAUCACUGACACCUAUCACCAGUAUGAAGAAUUAGUGGAAGGAUUCAAGACCUACCACAAGGAGUGUGAGCAACUGAAAAGCUCUGGCUUUUCCACUGCAGAGAUCAGAAAGGACAUUGGUGCUAUGGAGGAGGAGAAGGACCAGCUGAUCAAGCGAGUGGAGAGGCUGAAGAAGAGGGUGGAGUCAGUUUCCAACCACCAGCGGAUGCUGGAACUGGCCAGACAACUACGGGUGGAAAAGGAGAGAGAAGAGUCUCUGGCUCAGCAGAAGCAAGAGCAGAAGAACCAACUUUUCCAGGCAGAACAGAGACUGCAGAGAUCUCAGCAGCAGCUGAAGGACCUGCGACAGGCAGCAGCAGAUGCCAAGCCAGAGAGCUUAAUGAAGAGGCUUGAAGAGGAGAUCAAGUUCAACUCCUACAUGGUGUCUGACAAACUGCCCAAGGAGCUGGAGAGUAAGAGACGGAUGGUGCAGUACCUGCAGAAGGUGGUGUCUGAGCCAGCCAUGGGCCAAGCUGAGCUUGGGGAACUAGAGGACAAGAUUCGAGAAAACAACAUUGAAAUAAACUUGCUGAUUGAGAAAAGAAUGAUGCGAAACGACCCCAUGGAUGAUAAACUGUCUCUUUUCAGGCAACAGGCAUCGAUUAUAAUUCGUAAGAAGGAGGCGAAGGCGGAGGAGCUGCAGGAGGCCCGGGAGGAGCUAGCUGCACUAGACAGAGAGCUGAACCAGAAGAACAGCCAGGCACGAGACCAGGACGGAGACGAGGUCAUCCGGGGAGAUGAGUUUAAACGUUUUGUCGGGAAACUGCGCAGCAAGGGGACGGUGUUCAAGAAGAAGCGGCAGGAGAUUACCGAGCUGAGAGCUGAGUAUGGGGUCUUGCAGCGGACAGAGGAAAUUCUAAAACAGAGGCACGAGGUCGGCCAACAGCAACUGCAAUCCAUGGAGGCACAGAAGGGGAUCUCUGGGUACAGUGACACUCAGGAGGAACUGGAGAGAGUGUCAGCCAUCAAGAGUGAACUGGACGAGAUGAAGGGGCGCUCGCUGGACGACAUGUCAGAAAUGGUGAAGAAACUGAACUCAACAAUAGUGGAGAAAAAGUCUGCCCUUGCUCCGAUCAUAAAGGAACUGAGGCCUUUGAGACAGCAGUGUCAGGAGCUAACUCAAGAGUAUGAGGAAAAGAAGGCCCAGUAUGACAGCUGUGCUGCAGGUCUGGAGAGUAACCGAUCCAAACUAGAGCAGGAGGUGAGAGCUCUGAGGGAGGAGAUGGCUCAGGAGGAAAACCGAUACCACUAUAUCAACUGCAUGAAAGAGAUCAUUGAGAUGCAAAUGCAGCGAGCAGCAGAGGAGAUGAAGGCUUACGUGUCUCCUGAUCCGCAAGAGAGGAGGAAGACCAUCAGGGAGCAGUACAUGAAGAACAUUGCAGAGCAGGAGUCCCUGGGCAAGAAGUUGCGUGAGCAGCAGAAGACUGUGAGGGAGAGCCAUGGGCCGAACAUGAAGCAGGUGAAGAUGUGGCGCGACCUGGAACAGCUGUUGGAGUGCAAGCGCCAGUGCUUCCUGAGGGCCCAGAGCCAAGCCUCCAUUGGCCAGGUCAUCCAGGAGGGCGGUGAGGAUAGGCUGGUGCUGUGAGGACGAGGAGAAUAUUAAAGCAGGGCCAACUCGGGUACACUAAGCUCUACCACAAUGACCAGGACUUCUCACUCAUCUAACUACUGUACUUAGUUAGCCAGUUAUAGUUAAUUAAUCUGUUCUGUUUGUCUUGCAUUAUAUCUAUUUUUAGGUGAGAUAAUUACUCUUCAUGUAUCAAAACUACUCUGCUUUCAUCGCCUACAGUUAAAAGGAUUCCAUUCAUCCAAUCUGUGUUAAUCCUGGUUUAGUUAGCGAUUUGUGUUUUUUUGUAAAUAAUCCCAAAGUAGGAUUUAGUUUAACUGAUUUAUCUCCUGUGAGGAACACCUUUCUGGUGAUGAUAUUGUGAGAGUUGCCUGAUGAAUCCAGAACCAAAGGGACACAUGUACCAGGAGGUUUCAGCCAGAUAAGAUGUUUAACUCUCUCUGGCCCUCUGACUUUAAACAAAUCCACAGCCUCCAUUUUAAGAAUACAGCUUAAAUCUAUGUGUCUAAAGAUAACAGCGUACAAUGUGUUGCACUUGGGACGCAGCUGCACUCAGUUAUUUUGGGAAACAACAGCCACGACCUUGGGUAAAGGAGCUUGCCAGUUUUGGAAUUCAACUGGGCCUCUGGUUCAGACGGGACAGUGCAGAGUGAACUAAUCAAGCAUAAUUUUCUUGCAUCUUGUACUUUGGUGAAGUCUAUUUCUUUGUAACACCUCUAUGUAACACCUUUAUUUGUUACAUAAAUUAUACUGAACAAAAAUAUACAUGCAACAAUUUCAAAGAUUUUACUGAGUUACAAU